CAAGGUUGCACGAAUCCUCGUCCACAGCCCACAAGUCUAGAACAGUCCUGCAUGUUCCCAACAGCACCUGACCAUCCUGUCCCAUGCAAUAUUAAAUAGUCCAGAGCUGACUGGUUGCGGAAUGAAUGUUCUACGAUCGCGAUCGCCGUAGCACCACCAUCUGCGCCAAAACGCAAUACAAUAUCGCCCUGCACAGGGGUACAGAAGCAAGAAAUCACGCCUGGGCCAUGCCAUUUUUACCGUUCAAUAUUGUGCACAACCUACGGAGUGAAUUAGCCGGAUCGGAUGCCGAGAUCCUGACAUGGGGCAGCGACGGGUAUGAAAACUGCAUGCAGCAAUGGAGCGAGACGUGUGAUACAUUCGUGGGCGCAACAGUCCGAAUCACAUCAGCCGCCCAAGCUGCAGCCGUCGUCCGCUUCGCCGCACAGCACGAGAUCCCCUUCACUGCCCGAGGCGGCGGCUACUCAACCAGUGGCGCCUCGAUAACCUACGGCGGAAUCGUCCUGGAUCUGUCGAAGCUGCGCGAUGUCCAUGUUGACCCGGAUUCUCAAACUGUCACAGUGCAAGGCGGCGCCGUCUGGGCCGACGUUGACGUUGCCGCCGCGCAGCACGGACUGGUCGUCGUGGGGAGUACGCUGAACCAGAUCGGCGCCGCGGGCGCAACGCUCGGCGGCGGGUACGGGUGGCUGACGGGCCAGUAUGGGCUUGCGAUCGACAACCUGCUCUGGGCGCAGAUGGUCCUGGCGGAUGGAUCAGUUGUGCGGGAGUCGGACGCAGAGAACCCGGACUUGUUCUGGGCGGUGCGCGGCGCGGGGCAGUGCUUUGGGGUUGCUGUGGAGUUGGGGUUUCGCGCGCAUCGCCUGGUGGCGGAGGAGGCGGAGCAUCGUGUGUUUGCGGGGACGUUGCGCUUCGCGCCGGAGAAGCUGCCGCGGAUUGUGGCGUUUGCGAAUCAGUUUGAGAGUCUAAAUGAUGGCAGGCAGGGGUUCUGGUUUGGGAUCACGACCGAGUCUACGGCGGCGCAGUGCUCCUCCAUCCUCAUCGUGUUGUUCCACAACGGACCUGAGGGUGAGGCGAGACAAUUCUUCACCCCGGUUCUCUCACUGGAGUCGAAGAGCGAUACAACCCAGAUGCUCCCGUAUGAUGGCCUGAAUAGAAUCCUCAACAGCAAGGACAUCAUGGCCCGCCGCGACAGUUUCCCCAAAGUCAACAUUACGUAUCCCGACAAGAGCGUGGGGUUUCGGAAGAGUCUGCGCGGUUCAAACAUCACGCUCCCUCUCGAUGUCGAUUUCGUGCAGUCGGUCUAUGACGAGUUCAAUGCCGUUGUGGCGGACUAUCCGGAGGCCCGCGAUAGAAGGAUUCUAUUUGAGAUUCUUCCCAACAAAGAGGUCACCAAGGUCCCUAUCAACGCUACGGCGUUUGCCAGCCGUGGUCCCUACUAUAAUGUCAGCUCGCUUUUCGAGUGGAGCGAGGCACACCUGGACGACGAGAUUCGCGCACGGCAGAAGAGGCUGAUGGAAAGGGUUGGCAAAUGCGCUGGUAUCGAGAGGAAGCCGGGCUAUAAUCCUUCAUUGCAUGGAGCAGGACUAUAUGCGAAUUAUGCGGGUCAUGACAUCCCUGUUGAGGAGAUAUUCGGGGAUAAUCUUCCUCGACUUCGCGAGCUGAAGGCGAAAUAUGACCCGCGAAAUAUAUUUAGGAAGUGGCACAAUCUGAACCAGCAUGUCCAUCCUCCGGCUUGACGCUUGGGUAAGUUGGGUGGAUAUAGGCCUGACAACAUGGAUCGCGGAUGGAAGCCCUUCAACUCAUGGUUAUGAAGGUGAAAAGUUGAGAUAUUCGAUUAGGCAAUUAAUCAAGACAUUGGAAGCCACGAUCAGAGCUUGUUUCCAGUUUAGAAGGAACUAUAUCUAUGGAAAUACUCAGUGUUGUGCCUCAUAAUAUCACACUUCAGUCUCAGGUGCUUCUCUGUGUGCCUAUGCACCAUUCCAACCGUGGCUGCAAGGGAUAUCCACCAUGCAGAAUAGUUCAAGAUUUCCAAGGUGGGUCCUCAUCCUCCUGAAACGCCCUCGUGCUGCAAGACACAUUGGACAAUCGGCU